CUGUUUUGGUAGUUUGUGAUUGGGCAUGGCAUAUUCGGGACAGAAACAAAACAAAGUCUAGCACUGAAUUCAAUAUAUGGACUAUCCAGUGUUAGAAACAAGGCUCAGGUGUCGAUCGGGUUUUGAACAUGUAUAGAGGUGUUGUAGUACUGAUUUCAUCACUGCUGCUCCUGUGCUCAGUGUGUGGAUAUCAGCUUAAAAAUGGAGGAAAAAUUUGGGCCCUGUUGGUAGCUGGGUCCAAUGAAUAUAACAACUAUAGACAUCAGGCUGAUGUUUGUCAUGCUUAUCAGAUCCUUCAUAAGAAUGGUAUUCCAGAUGACAAUAUUAUUGUCAUGAUGUAUGAUGACAUAGCAUAUAAUGUUCAGAAUCCAACAAAAGGAAUUAUAAUCAAUCAGCCAAAUGGAUCUGAUGUCUAUAAUGGAGUUCCAAAGGAUUACACUGGAGAGACUGUGAAUUCCACCAACUUCUUGAAAGUCUUGACAGGUGAUGUGGAAGGAAUGAAAGGAAUCGGAUCAGGACGUGUAAUUGAAAGUGGACCAAAUGAUCACGUAUUUGUUAACUUUGUCGACCAUGGUGCACCGGGGAUUCUCGGCUUUCCCAGCGAUGAGCUUUAUGCUGAUGAUCUUGAAAAAGCUUUGAGAAAAAUUGCAGUUAAUAGGCAAUUUGCACAGCUUGUUUUUUACGUGGAGGCUUGCGAAUCUGGUUCAAUGUUUGACAGCCUCCUGCCAGAUGAUUUGAAAAUCUUUGUAGUGACUGCAGCUGACCCAAAAGAAUCUUCAUAUGCUUGUUACUUUGACAACACACGAGAAACUUACCUGGGUGAUGUUUUCAGUGUAAUGUGGAUGCAGGACUCUGAGGAGGAGAAUCUGCUCAAAGAAACUUUGCAUCAUCAGUAUGAAGUUGUGCGAUCUGAUACCAACACAAGCCAUGUUGAAGAAUAUGGAGAUUUGGAUAUUGGAUCAAUGCAUGUCUCUGACUUCCUAGGUUAUCAAACCAGCAACCUUAAUUCACCCAAAACAGAGCUGCCUCCAAUCAAUGAUGCAGUACCAAGCCAUCAUGUGCCAGUUGCUAUUUUGGAACGCAGGUUGGAAGCAUCAGUUGAUCCCAAGGAAAAGCAAGAAAUUAGAUUCCAGUUGCAUAGGCUACUGAAAGUAAGUUGA